GCUCUCAUCUGUCAUAAAGCGUUGAGUCUGCGGAGAGGGCACAACCAGAGUCUGUGUCUGGUGGCCUUAUCUGCCGCAGCUGCACAACUCCAAACUUUAAUGUAUAAAGGACAUGAGACGGCUUUGUUUUGUUUUUUUCUACCUGGCUACAAGGACUGUAAGGCAAGGAACCGAAAGGAAUUGAAUAUUCAGUAAACCUGAGUCGUGUUUUCUGUUUCUCUUCCUCCUUCCUGUCCUUUGUUUUCGAGCAGCAGUAUCAGUGAGAGCAUCGGCACAGCAGAUCACCAUCACAGCAAGAGCUUCGGAAAGCACCGCGGGAAUAACUCAUAAAAACAAACUGCGAUCUUUAAUGCAGCGUGCUAGGACUAGUCAUCUGGGGAUCUGUAGCCCGUGAGUGUGUGCGAGUCUCAGCCGGAAAGGGCCCCACCAUAUUGUUGGUGCGUGCGUCAGGAGUCUAAUGCCCGCGGCAGUGUGGUCAGGGCCAGAGGAGGAUGAGUCCGGCUGUGGAGGCUCAGGCCCAGGAGGUCAUGGAUGCGGAGCAAAAACAAAAGCAGCAGAACAAGCUGCAGCACCAGCAGUGCUACAUGGAGAAAGGAGUGAUGCUUGAACCCUUCGUGCACCAGGUCGGGGGACAUUCCUGCGUCCUACGCUUUGGAGAGCAGACCAUCUGCAAGCCUCUCAUUCCCCGCGAGCAUCAGUUCUACAAAAGUCUGCCUGCAGCAAUGAGGAGGUUUACCCCCCAGUACAGAGGUGUGGUGUCCGUGAGCUUCGAGGAGGACGAGGAGGGGAAUCUUUGCCUAAUCGCCUACCCCCUUGAUAGUGACCCAGCCGCAGCCACAGAUCUGGUGAACAAUGAGCACUCGGUGGACUGCGACCCCAAGAGUAAGAUGAUGACGUGGGGGAAAAUGAUGGCCUCCUCGCUGCUAGCGGACAGCAAAGAUGGCCGAAGCCGCAACUCUCGUAAAGACAAGGAAAAAAGUGUUCAAAAGCUGCAGGAGGACAUGGAGUUGGAGUGGCUGAAGCAGGCCGAGGUGCUCUACUACCGACUGGAGCACAGCCACAGUAACGCUGUCCCACAGCUCAAACACAACCCUUGGAGCCUCAAGUGUCACCAGCAGCACCUGCAGAGGAUGAAGGAGAAUGCUAAACACCGCAACCAGUACAAAUUCAUCCUGCUUGAAAACCUGACCUGGCGGCACACCGUGCCGUGCGUGUUGGACCUAAAGAUGGGCACGCGACAGCAUGGAGACGACGCUUCAGAGGAGAAGAAGGCCAUGCAGAUACGCAAGUGCCAGCAGAGCACAUCGGCCUUAAUAGGAGUCCGUCUGUGUGGCAUGCAGGUGUACCAGAGUGACACAGAUCAGCUGAUGUUUAUGAACAAGUACCAUGGUCGCAAACUGACCCUUGCAGGCUUCAAGGAGGCUCUGUUCCAAUUCUUCCACAGCGGUCGGCGUCUGCGACACGAACUGCUUUCCCCGGUGCUCAGCAGGCUCAGAGAAAUGCAGGCUGCACUGGAGGCCUGCGAAUCCUACCGCUUUUACUCCAGCUCUCUGCUCAUCAUCUAUGAUGGAGCUCCACACAGAAAACACACACGCCGACGCACUGAGGACGGGCUCUCUGAAGAGGAAGAAGAUGAGGAUGAUGAGGACGAGGAGGUGGAAGCCGAGCCAGAAAUGGACGAAGACGAAGAGGAGGAGGAGGAGGUGGGUGAAGUUGCAGGUGCGCUUGGUUUUCCACACAGUCCCUCCACGUCUAGUGAUAGCAGCAGCAGUAGCAGCAGCAGCGGGAGCUCAGGUAUCAGCCAGGCUCACCUGUCCCGCUCAGAGACUCACAGCUCCGUGGUGGAUGUGAGAAUGAUAGACUUCGCCCACACCACCUGCAGAUAUUACCGGGAAGACAGCGUGGUCCACGAGGGCCAGGACAGCGGCUACAUCUUUGGUCUCCAGAACCUGAUCACCAUCAUUUCUGAGCUGGAGAACCAAAGCACAGACUAAAUACUGACGUAACAUUCAUCCGUUCAAACAGAGAGGCACAAUAACACACUGUCUGAACCUUGAACGAAUGGAGGAAGAGCGGACUGCAUUAAAGGGGAGAGAAAUUUCUUCUCUCAUCUUCAAAGUUGGACUUCAUUGUAGCUGGUCUUUGAUCGGACCCCCUUCCUGUUUCUGCCACUGGUGCUUCUCGAUGUGGCCGUUGAGUACGUCCAUCCUCAGGAUGUGAAACAGACCUGCAAGUAACAUAAAAGCCAUCUGUGUGAAUGAUGCAGUGAUUUACCUGUUGUCACCAUUCUGUUUUAACCCAUUAAGUAACCAUUAGGAAAAAGGGUAGGCAGCAAAAAGUAAAGGCAGUUUGAAGUUUGAGACAGUAGAAAUGUUUCCUUGUGUCUGAUUUCCAAAGAAAAGUGUCGUCAUUUUGCACACGCAAACAUGCACUUCUGCUGAGUGUGUGUUUAGACUGAGGGCUAUCAUAGAGAGCAGGAGUAGUAUGAGAACAGAGUCGACGGGAAGAGAGGCGGUGAGCGCACGCCCUCCAUUCUCCUCUUUUACCUGGUCAUUCUGCCAUCCUUCUCUCCCUGUUCAUCUACAUUCAAAGAGACUAUAUUCAUGUAGGGGUCAGAGAGAGGUGACAUAGAGCUAUUUAUUUAUAUGACAUCUUUCAUAAAAUAAUCUAAAAGUUCAAAAAUGUGAAUGGAAGGUAGUACAUUCCAUGUUAUUAAUGUUACAAUAAUGAUAUUAAUAAAUAUUGUUAUUUGACAUGUUUGGAUACCUCUAUCUUGUAUAUCUGUGCUGUCCACAGUUUGUUCACAGAAAAUUAAAAACCUUGGUUUGUGGUAA